GAGACAUCAGGCAGCAAAGACCGGGGCGUUCUCAUCCCAACUCGGCGCAGUAGCAACUCGGCGGAGAAGUUUAUUCGCGACGCCGGUCUCCAAAGGGUUGGCGGCUCUGUGGACUUGCUAUGGAGAGAGGCGCUGCUCUCGCUCGUUGCAUUUCACCAACCUUAUGCCUUCUCCUCCUUCUCAACGCCGCGAUUCGCCCAAGCCUUCAGAUGUCGGAGGAAGCCAAGAACAACAUAACAAUCUUCACCAGGAUCUUGGACAGUCUUCUAGACGGAUAUGAUAACCGCUUGAGACCAGGACUGGGAGAGCGCAUAACAAGAGUCAAGACGGAUAUCUACGUAACAAGUUUUGGGCCGGUUUCAGACACAGACAUGGAAUACACAAUAGACGUGUUUUUUCGUCAGAGCUGGGAGGAUGAGAGGUUGAAAUUCAAAGGGCCCAUGACCAUCCUACGUUUAAAUAAUUUGAUGGCCAGCAGAAUAUGGACCCCAGAUACCUUCUUCCACAAUGGGAAGAAAUCAGUGGCUCACAACAUGACCAUGCCCAACAAACUGCUGCGGAUAACUGACGAUGGAACACUUUUAUACACAAUGAGGUUGACAGUUCGUGCGGAGUGUCCAAUGCAUUUGGAAGAUUUCCCCAUGGAUGCCCAUGCAUGUCCUCUGAAGUUUGGCAGUUAUGCCUACACAAUAUCGGAGGUGGUGUAUACAUGGACACAUGGAGCUUCUCAAUCAGUGGUUGUGGCUGAAGAUGGUUCUCGACUCAAUCAAUAUGAUUUAAUGGGACAAAGUGUCGGCAAACUCAUUAUCAAAUCUAGUACAGGUGAAUAUGUGGUUAUGACUGCUCACUUUCACUUGAAAAGAAAAAUUGGUUACUUCGUAAUUCAGACGUACUUGCCGUGCAUUAUGACAGUCAUUCUCUCACAAGUAUCAUUCUGGUUAAAUAGGGAAUCUGUCCCUGCAAGAACUGUCUUUGGAGUCACCACUGUAUUGACAAUGACUACGUUAAGUAUCAGUGCCAGGAACUCACUCCCAAAAGUUGCCUAUGCAACUGCCCUGGACUGGUUCAUCGCCGUUUGUUAUGCCUUUGUGUUUUCCGCAUUGAUUGAAUUUGCCACCGUGAACUACUUCACAAAGCGGAGCUGGGCCUGGGACGGCAAAAGCUUAGUUCCUGAAAAGAAAAAGGAAAAAGAAAGAGAGGCUCUUUUGAAGAAGAACAACACGUACACAGCAACAUCGGCGAACUUUGUCCCAAAUAUUGCGAAGGACGCAGGUUUAGCGACCAUUUCGAAAAGUGCUGCUGUGGAGUCCAAAGAGCCGAAACUAGAACAAAAGCCUCCAGAACCUGUGAAGACUUUCAACAGCGUUAGUAAAAUUGAUAGAUUAGCCAGAAUAGCAUUCCCAUUAAUGUUUGGUAUUUUCAACCUGGUUUAUUGGGCAACUUACUUGAAUAGGGAGCCAGUAAUCAAAGGUGACGAAGAACAUAACUAGAAGUUAGAAGAACCGUUCCUCAGUGGUAAUAAUAUUUUAAUUACUGGAUAAUUCUGUGAAGUUCUAACAUAUUCGAUAUCCCUACUCUAAUUUGAGGCAGACAUGGUUUUCAGUUUACCUCUUUCUAAAACAAAUAUCCUAAUUUUUUUUUCUGAUAAUAUUAGGAGAAAUAGGAAGAAAAAUAUUCAAACUCUCUCGAUGAAUAUCUAACACUUUAUUACUAUGUCAGUAAGCCAGGUCUGAUUCUCUGUCACGACUGACAUAUGAAAUUACUAUUGAUUUGCUAUUCCUGUUUUAUAAGGUUUUUCUUUUGAUAGCAUGUCCAUGAAGUGAAAAAGACCUAAUUUUAAACAUUCUCACACACACACAGGGUCAAUUUGAAAUGGUCUU